UGGUUGGAUUGGAUUGGUGGAGGCGCAGGGACGAGCUUAAGAUGGCGGCGGCUGGUGCUGUGGUGAGAGGCAUUGGCUCUAAACUGAGCCAGAACCUGCGGGAACUCCGCAUCCACCUGUGUCAGAGCUCGGCUGCCAGCAAGGGCACCAGGGAUUUCAUCGAGCAGCACUAUGUGGCACUGAAAAAGGCGAAUCCAGCAUUUCCUAUUCUAAUCCGAGAAUGUGCCGGUGUACAGUCUAAAGCUUGGGCUCGAUAUGAGUUUGGAAGAGAGAGAAAUGUGCCGUUGGAUAAUUUAAACUCUGAACAGGUGGCAAAGGCACUGGAGUCUCUGAUUACCAAGCCGUGAACUGUAGAGCAAUUGGACUGUGAAGGAAUAAGCUUAAUAAAAAAUAAUGGCAUGGGAAUGUUUGUUCCGUCUUGCCUCGUUUCCCAGUGGAAAGAUAUGCAACUGUAAAAUAAAUCUAAAUUAAAAUG